CGCGUGGGGAACGGCGGGUCCCGAUGACGGUGGUGGUCCAAAAAAGACGAGAGCGAAAAAAGAAGGCUGGCCAGGGCCUCCUCGUCGAUCGAGAUCUCCAACGGAUUCUUCGCUUUCCAGUCUCUGGCACCCGCGGCGGUCAAGCUCACGUCUUCUCGCUCGGAAAGCAGCGCGGGAGACGAGCCUCUCCUGGCCGGCCACGACAUCUCCCCAAGGUAGCAUUCUCAGCUGGCCAUCGGGACCCCGGUAUCACACACUCGCAAGGGCCCGCCACUCGGGCGGACUCGUCCGAAAGAAGCGAUAAAAAAGUAAAGAAAGCGAAGAACAACAGCUCGUUGCGGGCGAGAUAGCGAGAGAACUAGAGCUUGUUCAGGUAUGGCGCUGGGCACGCAACACGCCUGAGCAGCCCCACAGGGGGUCGGCCAAGUCUCGGGCCAAUCUGGCUCAGGCAGCUGCGGGCGGGCGACGCUACUGCAUCUGCUCCAAAGGGAGGUCCGCCCUGUCUUGAUAGGCCGUUGGCCCAAAAGCGAUGCCGGCUUUGGAUGACGGAGAGGAUGGCAGGAGGGCAACAGCUUACAGCACCGAUCCGGGAAGCGAGAAGGAAAAAGCAAACCAAGAAAAAGAUAGGGAUGAUCAACGGGCUAGCCGAAUCAGCAUGACCUAGCGUGUGCUUGACGGACGUCGCCAGCGGAAUCCCAUCCCAUCCAUCGCCAAGUUGAUUUCCUCAGCAAUCAGCUGGAGCUUGGAGCUGUCGGCCCAGGUUUUUGCUUCUUCCUGGUCUGGGCAGGCUCUGGGCAGGCCCGUCCCAACAGCAAGUUCCUUCCCGUGCUCGCAAGCUCGGAUGCCCCUCCGGUUCCACCACAGCGGCCCAACCAGAGCCUAUCAGGCGGGGGCGGGGUGACGCUCCAAUCUAUGGAUCCAGCCCAUGGCGUGGGCUAUCAAUCUGAUACUCGCCCGACGUCAACCCCAUUCAAGAUAGCUUCAUGUCCACAUCACCCAGCAGCGACACCUAGUCCGUCCAUCAGCCGUAGCCACCUAGAGCCCGCCCGCCCCGUCACCCUUUCCUCUGACCGGUGCGCCACCGUGAAUGAAGCCUGCCGUAGCCAGCACCACACCAACACCACCACCCCACCCCCAAGACCCGGCCGUUUCGUACAGCACCGAGAGGAGGCCGACCCCAUCACCCCCCCUGCCCGAGACGGCCGCCACCACCAACUGGCAUCCCCUGCGCAUCUGCCUCGAUACACGACAUCGACACACCCUACGCCCUAGGCAGCUCGCAUGCGCUGUGUGUAGCGUCGCACCAAGCCUCGCCUGCCUGCCCACAUGGCUCAGGCUCCCGAAACCCAGCAGGCCGCUCACCAGGUCACCCACCGGGCUGGAGGCGGUGUCAGCGGCGAGGCUCACUCCGUUCCGGCCCUCAAUGCCGCCCUCGUCACCCAUCUGACCAGGAUCUACAAGGCACACCAACACAAGGAUAGUCAGACCUGGUCUGAGGAGCAGGUCGCAACCUUCCUACGCCAUGUCCAAGGCGACGCCGAGUCCGACAGCCCCUUGGCCGGCCGCAAGGACCUCGACGUCAGUGGCUUCCUCGCAUACAUAGCAUCACCGGCGUCCAGCUUCAUCGGCAGCGCCAAAGACCAGGAUCUUUCUUGGCCUCUCGCCAGCUACUUUAUCAGUUCUAGCCACAACACCUACCUGACCGGCAACCAGCUUUAUUCUCUGUCCAGCACUGACGCUUACAAGGACGUGCUCCUUCGCGGCUGCCGGUGCAUCGAGAUUGACGUUUGGGACGGCGACGAGUCCGAUGCAGACACUUCGAGCAUUAGUAGCGCUAGCGACUCGGAUAAGUAUGCCAAACGCAAGGAGCGAGUUAACAAGGUCAAGGAGAAGUUGCCCAGGACCCUGACUACCCGCUUCAAGGAUACGUCGCUGGGCAGGCGGCUCGGUCACUUCGUCGAGAGCAAGACCGAGCCCAAACAACAGCCAUCCUCCUCACUAUCGCCAGCAUCUACCCACUCGAACUCCGCUUCAGGGGGUGGUGGCACUGAGGCGGGCCAGGAACCCAAAGCCGUGCUGCAAAAGAGCCCGACCCCGGUCGGGGCUGCUGAACCCAGAGUGUACCACGGCUAUACUCUAACCAACGAUGUCUCAUUUCGCGAUGUUUGCUACGCCGUCAGGGACAACGCCUUCACUGCCUCGGACCUGCCCCUGAUUGUGAGUCUCGAGGUGCAUUGUAGACCGCAGCAGCAGCAGUGCAUGGUGGAUAUCAUGCAGCAAGCCUUCAAAGGGUAUCUGCUACCACAGCCAGAGGAGGAUGCCACAGCCCUGCCUGCUCUCGAGGCCCUGCGGAAUAAAAUCCUGAUCAAAGUGAAAUACGCACCUCCGGGCCUGGAAGCCAAAGUCUCUGUGUCCCCCGUGGACGAGACCGUGGGUAAAGACGAAGUCGUGCCGCCUGCCACGGCAGCAUCAGACCAGAAGCCGAAGAAGAAAUCCAAGAUCAUCCAGGCCUUGAGCCAGCUUGGGGUCUUUACCCGCGGUGUUUCUUUCAAAAGCCUCACGCAGCCCGAGGCAGCAAUGCCGACACACAUAUUUUCGCUUUCGGAAAAGAGUGUCCUAGAAGUCCACGAAAAGUCGCCCAAGGCCCUGUUUGACCACAACAAGCACUUCCUGAUGAGGGCUUACCCCUCGGGCUUGCGAAUUAAGUCCUCCAACCUGGACCCAGUAGUGUUCUGGAGAAAAGGGAUCCAAGUCGUCGCGCUCAACUGGCAAAGUUGGGAUGAGGGGAUUCAUUUGAACGAAGGCAUGUUUGCGGGCACGAAGGGAUAUGUGCUCAAGCCCGAAGGCUACAGGGGCGCCAAAACGCCAGGCGCAGACGACGCGACCAAGGGCGAGACGCAAGCCACGGCCGUGGCCCACCGCACGCUGGACCUGACGGUCGAGGUCCUCGCGGCCCAGGACCUGCCGCUGCCGCCGGGCGACGACAACCCCAAGUCGUUCCGGCCCUACGUCAAGGUGGAGCUGCACGUCGAGGAGCCGGGCGAGCGGCACGGGGCCGGGCCCGGGGACGACCCCUCGGCUGGGCCGGCGGUGGAGACGAGGGAGAAGGAGGGCGAGUACAAGCUCAAGACCAAGACGCAGCGCGGCGUGGACCCGGACUUUGCCGGCGAGCCGCUCUGCUUCGCGGCUGUGCCAGGCGUGGUCGAGGAGCUCGCCUUCGUGCGCGUCACGGUCCGCGACGACGAGCUCGGCCGCGACGCCCUCGCCGCCUGGGCCUGCGUCCGCCUCGACCGCCUCCGCGUCGGCUACCGCGUCGUGCGCCUGCUCAACGCCAAGGGCAUGGAGACCAAGGGGCUGGUGUUGGUCAAGAUUUCCAAGAAGCUAUACUAGCCCGUGUCUCUCUCUCUCUCUCUCUC